CAUAAACAAACCGAAAGGAAGAUGAGCCAGAGAAGCAGGAAUAUCUGUGUUUGAUUUGAAGUAAUCAGAGUAUUUUUCAGGGUAAUCGGGGUAAAUAAAGAGCCUCUGUUUCCUGGAGGAGCUGCAGGAAGUCUGCUCGGACCGGGCCAAAGAGACGGAUCGACCGGUGGGAGGAAACCCUGCGGAUGAUGGCUGGCUUCCUGGAUAACUUCCGCUGGCCGGAGUGCGACUGGUUUGACUGGGGAGAGCGGAGGAACGCUGUGGCCUCGGUGGUGGCUGGAUCCCUGUUCUUCACCGGCUGGUGGAUCAUGAUCGAUGCUGCAGUCAUGUUCCCAUCUCAGGAAAUGAUGAACCACUCAUUCCACACAUGUGGAGUUUUUUCCACCAUCGCUUUCUUCAUGAUCAACGCCGUUUCCAACGGCCAGGUGAGAGGAGACGCGUACGGCGAGGGCUGCCUUGGGCGGACAGGCGCUCGUCUCUGGCUCUUCAUCGGCUUCAUGAUGAUGUUUGGGUCGUUCAUCGGCUCCAUCUGGAUCCUGUUCGGAGCGUACGUCAUGCCAAAGAAAGAUGUUGCUCCGGGUCUGGCCGUGUUCUUUCAGAACGCCUUCAUCUUCUUCAGCUCUCUGAUCUACAAGUUUGGCCGCACAGAAAACCUUUGGGGCUAACCGGCAACCAUCCUGCUGUCUUCACCUUUUACUUUUUCCAUCUGACUUCGUCCCUGCUCCUGAAAUACAAGCAUGUUUUUAAUAGUUUUUUAAAAUAAGACUUAGAUUUUAAUGCCUCACAUGUCGAUAUUAGGUAUCAAAAAUAUCAUUUUAGUGUUUUAUAAGUUUCAGAAUGUGACUUUCAGGAAGAUUUUUGUAUAUUUUAAAGGGAAACAGAAGGAGAACAGACAAAUUCAGAAUUAUUCUGUAGUUCUCCUGAGGAAAUAAGGAAGCUGCUCUUUAUUGUCACUUUGGGGGUAAUUUAUUAACUUUGAAGUCACUGGAAUAUUUUUAAUUGUAGCUGUAUGACAUUUAUUUUCUCAAUUUUUGUUGUUUUAUUUAUGUUAAUUUUAUUUAACAUGUAAAUAUUUUGAUUUUGUAUUCAGAAAACAUCUGUCUGUUGCUGUAGAGACUUUAGUUUUUAUUUAUAUCUAAAUCGGAGGGUUCAGUGAAUGUUGAGGUAACAGCAUUAAUCUCUGUUCUCUUCCAAUAACAUAAUAGAAAUAUGUUUUUGUUGUUUUAAUGAUCUUGUAUCUUCCUGUAUUGUUUUUUAAGCUGGAUAUGUUUGUUCUUAUUAUUCCUGUUGCUUUUUAGUAAAAAGAAGCAGACGAGUCAGGGUUCAUAAGAAGAGGUUGGUCAUUAAAGAGUUAUUCUGGAAAAUUA